CGAAGAUGGCGAUGAAACGACCAUCAAGUUAUGCUCUAUUUUUACUGUUUAUGUCGUUUAUUUUAGCGGAGUCUGCACCUCGACAGUUGAAUACGGAAAGCAUUCUGAUCAAUGUGACAGCAGGGACAUUGGAUGACACAAAUGUGCAGGAGUCCAACAACUUGCAGAUCAACCUGAAUAUUUCAGUGGAUGAAGAACAGGUGCUCGUCAAUGACAUCCCUGUGGAGUUGUCAGGGGUGACUAGGUUGAACUGCCAAGCCUUGCUGUUGGAUACCAUCAAUGGCACCAGUGAAUUUGAAUCUGGUGACUAUGUGUCCACUGUCACCCGGGUGAUGGUGAGCCAGAAUCGCCUGUGGAGUGAUUCAGAAGAGGUGGUGGCUCUCCAGGUGUUCAGCGAGGUCAUUGAGAUGGAGGGGAAAAAGGUCCAGCAGCCAGAAAUGUGCGAAGUGAAGAUACUGAUGAGCCCCAAUUUCCAGAAGCUUGCUCAGUAUACCAACACCUACCCCAUUGGACACAGUGAGAUUUUCAGGAUCCCAAGGGAAAAUGAUGUGGUCAUCACAGAUCCAACAAAUCCUAAAAAAGCUGAAGACCAAGUGAUGUCCCAUACCACCAUUCAUUACCCUCUGAAGCAUGCUGACACCACCCAGGAGGAGAUUGCUGCCCCAGGCAAGCUCCCAGAGACUCCCCUCCGCAUGGACCCAGACUUGCUGUAUAAUAACAAUGAUGAGGAUGAUGACUUGGGAGGGCUGUCGGAUGAAAUGCAGACAGAGGCACCGCUCAAAGAAUCCAUCUCCUCUUACAGUGCCAUGUGUCGAUGGGUGGAGGAGGUGAGGGACCGCCUCCGACGCUUCUGGUCUGAGUCCUUGCCCCUGUUCUUCUUGGUCAUGUGGGUGGUGGUGAUUGGUGUGGUUGGGUCAGCGGUCAUUGUCAAGAUCCUGGACAUGCUCUUCCCAACAUGUGAACACAAGGGAAUUUUCCAUUUAAAUCCUGUGACUCUGAUGCCUGAAGAUGAGAAACACACCCUGCUAGAGAACAUUGAAAUAGAGGCAGAGGAAAAAACCUUAAAUGAAAACUGAUGAAGUGGAGUGAGUCUGAUUGCAGGUGUUGACAACACAAUGCAUUAUGUGGUUAGAGAAACCAUAAUCUUUUUGUAGCACUUAUUAAAAACAUGCAUUGCAUACACAUUAUUUGCUUUAUACCCUCUACUCAAAACAUGAAUCUGAAAUGUUAAUACUGCAAGCAGAUCAUACUUAUGGACCUAGCUACCUACUGCACACUUACUUUUCAUAUUAUGAUUGUGUUACCUCAGUUACAAUAUUACUUUGUGUUAAGAAGUUUGGAUAUACCGUGGUGGCAGGUAGCCUAGUGGUUAAGUGUUGGGCCAGUAACCCGAAAGGUCGCUGGUUUGAAUCCCCGAGCUGACUGUGAAAAAUAUGCCGAUGUUCCCUUGAGCAAGGCACUUAAACCUAAUUGCUCAUGUAAGUCGCUCUGGAUAAGAGCAUCUGCUAAAUGACUAAAAUGUAAAUAUACCACACGUUAAUAUUGAUUUAUUAUUGGUUUAUUUUUUUAUUGCUCAGUUCAUAAUAUUUUAGCAUUCUGACUGGAGGAUUGAACUGAGGAUUUGGUGUUUGUCUGCAUGCAAGACAAACAGCUUUUAUUUACUGUUUUUUGAGCCAGUACAUAUGUCAAGGCCUCACCUAUACAUUAAUUGUAAAAGGAUCAAAAACAAAAAAAUAUUGAAUGUUGCUAUUGCAUUUUGACUGAGCUCGACUCUGGGCUGCGGUAAAGUCCAUAAAAUGGAUAGGAAGGCCUAGUCUUGCAUCCAUAAGUGCAGAAUAAAGAAUGAUCAAA